AGAGAGAGAGAGAGAGAACACAUAAAGGGUGAAGGGAGUCUAGUCAUCGGCAGUCGCCCUCCUGCCACAGCAGCGGCAACACUUCCUCGGCGUAACAUGAUACUGUUGGUGACGUUGGUGGUGGCGGCAACGGUGGCGGUGGCCGGAGCUGAACAGUCCACAGUAGAGGCAACGCUGAAGCAGGGCUCCAUUCUAGGCUCACGGGAGGAGACUACAAACGGCCGCGUGUACUACACCUUCAAGAGCAUUCCUUACGCCAAGCCACCCGUCGGAUCCCUUCGUUUCAAGGACCCCGAGCCUGCACCCGCCUGGAGCGGAGUCAGGAACGGAUCGCUGCCUAUCCAAAAGUGUUCCCAGCCUGAUUUCUUGGCUCAUAAUAAACCAGUCGGUCAGGAAGACUGUCUCUACCUUAAUGUCUACACGCCUAGGCCAUAUUCUUCCAACCUCCCGGUGAUGGUGUACAUUCACGGGGGAGGCUUCAUCAUCGGUUCAGCUGAAGAUCAAGGUUCGUCACCAAAGCCUCUGAUGGAAAAAGACGUUGUGGUGGUCGCCUUGAACUACCGUUUAGGUAUCCUCGGCUUCCUCUCAACGGGAGACAAUGUCUUACCCGGUAAUUUGGGCCUCAAGGAUCAGAUUCUGGCCCUCCAGUGGGUGCAGGACAACAUUAUGGAACUAGGCGGCGACCCCAACCAGGUCACCAUCUUCGGUAUCAGCGCAGGAGGAAUGUCAGUCCACUUCCACAUCCUCUCCCCGCUCGCAACAGGGCUGUUUCGGCGGGCCAUCAUGCAAUCAGGCACAGCACUGGUGCCCUCUCUUAACACUUCUCCCAUGAAAGGUGCCAUCAAGAUCGGCAAGGCACUCAAUUGUACCGGGGAAAAAAGCAAUGAACUCUUGGCAUGCUUCAAUGAGGCAACUGUUGAGGACCUGCUCAAGGCUGUGGGUCCUAUCAGCAACUUUACAGAGUCUCCAUACCCAUUGGGUCCCUGCGUGGACGGUGCCUACUUGCCUGACCACCCGGAGGUUCUGCUGAAAAAUGGUCUUUACAACAGGGCGGAUAUCAUGAGCGGUUGCACCAAAGACGAUGGAAACGUCGUUACCAUAAGUCUGCUCCCCAAGAUAGAGGCCUUCAGGGAGAACUUCACAAAGACAGGUCCGAUCGCGCUACUAACGCGGGAGGAAGAGAACCCCGUCUAUCUGGCUCGGAGAAUCAUGCUCUAUUAUAUGCACAACAGAACGGAUUUCAACUUGACAUCAGAGGACGAGUAUAUUAUCACAAAAGCUGCUGGUGACCGAUACUUCCUAGCCCCCAACAUGAUGACGGUUGAGUUCCACGCCAAGGAUCCCAGCACCAAGACGUUCAUGUACCAAUUCGAUCAUCCUCCUGAGAAGUCGCUCAUGUUUUUGUAUGCGAAUAUUACACAAGAGAGAAAAAUGGUCGGCCAUGGAGACGAUAUGAUCUACCUUUUCGACUUCCCUGCGAUGGGAUCCUUGAAAAGGCUCCAAGAUCUACAAGUGCAGGAGAUCCUUGUAGAUCUCUUUACUAACUUUGCUUUCACAGGGAACCCAACCGCCAACGGGACUCUGGGCUUUAGGUGGACUCCCAUAGAGCCGGAAGGCCCUCUCCGCUAUUUAUCGAUUACCACCAUCCCCACAAUGCAGACGGUGGACAGACAGCACCGUGAAUUCUGGACUUCCAUGCCGACCAAGAUUAACAAGGUGCUCUACCCAGAACGUUUCCUUGAAGACUUUUAAGAGCUGCAGAUCGCCUCACUCCUGACCUUUGCUCUGCCACCUCAAUGUGAGGAGAACCAAUGAGUUCUUCACUAAAUUAAAUACGUAAGCUGUUCAAUGUAGGCUCUAGAUGCAUAAAAAUAAAUAAAUGAUAAAUAAAUGCAAAUCCAAUG